CUCUUACUGCGACCAUCAUAGUAGUGCAACUUGCUUGAAAGCAAUAUCGUGAAUACCGCCACUAGGUUUGGUGCAAUAGCCCAACUAUGGGUCUCUUACUUUCGCUACCACUUGCUGGUCCUCUUGGGGCAAUAGCUACAUCAUGUUUUGCAGGCGCUGCUUUCUGUUGUACAUCCACAGCUGCUUCGAUGUUCUUUAAAUCCUGCAACUGCAACUCCUCCAUUGCGACAAGAGUUGGGUUUGCUAUUAUAUUCUUGCUCAACUCAUUGUUGGCCUGGCUCAUGAAGACGCCAUUCGCUAUAAGACAAAUCGAACAUUGGAGCUAUGAUUAUAUAAAGAUGGAUUGCGACGACGGCAAAUGUUAUGGAGUUCUGGCGGUUCAUCGUAUCUGCUUUGCACUAUCUCUUCUUCACGCGCUACUUAGUCUCUCUCUUAUCGGUGUCCAGGAUACGCGUGACAAGCGGGCCGCCAUUCAGAAUGGAUGGUGGGGUCCGAAAGUGCUCUUGUGGAUAAUACUCGUGGUCGUCUCGUUUUUCAUUCCCAAUGGCUUCUUCAUCUUUUGGGGAAACUACGUCUCCCUCAUAGGCGCAACGAUUUUCAUCCUCCUUGGGUUAGUCUUACUGGUCGAUUUCGCACACUCAUGGUCGGAGACCUGUCUCGAUAACUGGGAGAGGUCUAACUCAAAUAUAUGGCAAUGGAUUCUUAUCGGUUCCACCGCUGGAAUGUACAUAACAACGAUCGCGCUAACCGGUGUACUGUAUGCCUUCUUCGCAGGCUCAGGCUGCACUCUCAAUCGCUUCUUCAUCUCGUUCAACCUUGCCCUUUGCGUCAUCAUUACCAUCAUGUGUAUUCACCCUCUCGUUCAAGAACAUAACCCCCGCUCUGGUCUCGCACAAUCUGGUAUGGUGGCUGCAUACUGCACGUACCUCAUCGUUUCUGCAAUCAGUAACCACGACCACGAGUCGUGCAAUCCAUGGAAUAGGAAUGGGGGUCCCUCGUCUGGCACACGUACGACUACUGUGGCUCUGGGUGCCGUAUUCACGUUCUUGGCUAUCGCGUACUCUACAAGCAGGGCCGCGACGCAGAGUCGUGCAUUAGUCGGGAGAGGCAAGAAGGGUGGAGCAGUCCAGCUCCCUAUUGACGAUAGUCCUCAUGCCGAGAUGGAAGUCGUAAGUACACAGCCUGGCAGGAUCGAGUCACCUAGAUAUCAAGCAUUGUUAGCUGCUGUCGAAGCUGGAGCCAUUCCUGCCUCUGCUUUGUAUGAAGAAGACGAGGACGACGAGGAUGAGGAAGACUUGGGUGAGACUCGGGAUGAUGAACGUACUGGGACCCGCUACAACUACUCCUGGUUCCAUAUUAUCUUCGCAAUUGGUGCUAUGUAUGUCGCCAUGCUUUUGACAGAUUGGAAUGUUGUCUCUACAGAGCAAGGAGAAUCAGAGGAGAUCGUAUACAUCGGUAGGUCUGAGACGGCGAUGUGGAUGAGAGUCGUUUCCAGCUGGGUUUGCAUGAUCUUGUACAUGUGGAGCUUGCUUGCCCCUGUGCUUAUGCCUGAUCGCUUCGGUGACCUGUGAUUCUUGUGAUUGCAUCCUGGAGAUAUGACCUCCGAAGGACGAUGUCUUAGAUUUGUUAUGUUCAACUUGAAUAUUGAUUGGAGCUAUUAUGUAACGUAUAAUGUGAUGUUUUGUGCAUAUAUUUGUUCUUCUUUUGUAAGA